GUUUGGGUAGGAAUAUGGGGAGAGGAGAGGGGAAGGGCCAGGGCGUUCGGUAGUGGCACUGGCACUGUGCUCAGCUGUGUCGGCGAGGCUCUCAGUGCCUGCCGCGGCUCUCCUAGUCGCUCUUUUUUUCUGUGUUUAAGCUGUGCCAUUCCUUGUAGCUUUAUAAUAUGGGUUGAAAAAUAUUAAUAGGAGUGUCACCUGUGUUGACCAGACGCUGAGUUCGCCUGUUUCUCACUCCAGGAGACAGAAAUCCCCGCACCAUUUAUUAGACAUGACGGCCACUGCUAAUGAAGCUGGCAGCGGCGGUGGCGGCUUCUUGCGUACCCGCCUCAGAUCAGCCCUCCAUACCUCCAAUGACCUUCUCUCUGGUCUUUCCUCCAAUAUCUCUCGUCUUUCUGUCUUCUCUGUGGCCUCAGGAAACUCCAAUGCCUCCUCUGAGCGUUCCCCACCUCCCCAUGCUCCAGUCAACCCUCCUGAGAAACCCCCAAGCACCCCGCCCCUGCAGCUCCCCCCAAGCCCUGAGGAGAGCCACCGGUCCCCCACCAUGAAGGAGAUGAUCAAGGAGACCUUCAAGCUGGAGAACUUAAGGGAGCUGCGACCAACACUGGAGGAGCUCAUGCAAUCAGAGUCAUCCUCAGAGCCCUCUACCCUUCCCACGGACACCCCAGACUCCCCUAAGACUGGCUUCCGUUACCACCUCAACCACUUCAAUCAGGCCAUUCCCAAGAAGCUGGUGGACUAUAAGCAACUGGCUAUCAGGACUCUGAGUGGAGAGGCAGGGGAUGGGGCAUCUGGGGCAGCAGAGGAGGUCAAUGCUUGCGCCAUCAAUGUGGAGUGUGUUGAUGAUAAGACAGAAGGAAAUGCAGAGGAGACAAAAGAUGUUUUAGAGGGAGCCAGCACCGGUCUUUCGUCUCGCUCCUUCAACUCAAUGCACUCCUUGUAUGCCACUGGGCCAGAUCCUUACGACAAACUCAAGUACAGGCCAGACAUCAUCAGCAGUGGAACUCCCAGUGAUGGUGAUGGCCUGGGCCACUCCACAAGUAUGGACUCCACAGACUCUGAUCCACAUAAAAAGCUAUGGAUAAGAUCAGUAGGAUCCCAGACAUCCCUGCAGUCUUGGGCCUCCAGUCUCUCCUAUGACAGCCAGGCAGAGGAUUACAAUGAGCCCAAGGAGUUCAUGAGAAAGUUUGUGGAGGAAGUAUUCAAGACGCCACACAUGAUAGACAUUGACAAAAAGGCGCGCUUUGGGGAGCUGGCACAGACAGAGCAAGGACGGCUGUGGUUUGCACGUUGCAUUAACGCCAAACGGUGCUGCAAGUGUGUGACAGAGGCAAGUUUCUUCUCCCUCAUCCAACACUUUUCAGUAAUGCUGUUUGAGUGCAAUGAGGCUGAAGAUUUCUCCCCUGCCAAGAGUCUCAUGAACAUGUGCUUCACCUAUUACCAUGAAGCUCUCACACCAGGAGGCCAGAAUCGCACCAAGGAAUUCCUGUACUCGUACCUCCGGCAGCAACCCAUCUGGCGCUCCAUUCGUUUCUGGAAUGCAGCAUUUUUUGAUGCUCUUCAGUGUGAACGUUCGCUGCGUCCUGUCAUCACCCGGGAGGAGGUUGAGAGUAACCGGCUGCAGGCAGUGACAGAUGAGUUGCACUACCAGGAAAAUAUUACCUUUGGACAGCUGGGCACCUUCACUUGCAACAUGCAUGCAUUUGGUCUCUCCAAGGAUAUGGUGAAUGAAUUCUUGCGAAAGCAAGUGACAAUUGCCAGCCUGCGACUAGACCAGGUAAAGCUGCUGAGGGAGAAUGUGGAGCGUAUGUACAGUGGUAAGCAAGAGUGGCAGUAAGAGGAGGCUCUGCUAAGGGCGAUUCUUCCAGCAUGUUGACUCACCUUCACCACAACAAUGAGACACAUUAAUCUAAGAAUAUUAAUCUCUGACUGUAAUAACAUGUUCCUGGUACUUUGAUAUAUUGCAGGUACUAUGAAUUUUUGCUCCCUAUUGCCAUGAGCUAAUGAUUGGGGAAAUGAACCUCAUCUAAGGCUACCACUUGUUGCUGUAAAAGUUAAAAUCAAGCACAAGCUUGAGUAACACUUACUUAGCUUUUAAAAGAUAAGGUGUAUAAAAUUAAUUUAUUUUCCCAUAUGUUCUGAAUUAGUAUUUUCAAGGUUAAGAAAAUUCUGUGAUCUUUAUUAGACAAGUAACUAUUUGGUAUAAAAUUUAAUUAUACAAUGAUGCUACAGUUAUGUCAAAACUUGUGUGCCAUUCAUAUCAUUUAGUGUGGACAGAGUGUCUUGAAGUGUAUGCUUGGUGUACCUGUGUUGUGGGGAGUGCCACCAUUCACCAGAGAGGCUUGGUACUCUUACUGUUUGAUCAUCUCUUUAAUAGCUUGGCAAAAUGAGCUAUUUAUUGGCUGCAGCCUCCCCACGCACCAUUUUUACUCUAUAUUGCCUCAGGUGUUUUGAUGCAGUAACAAUGUUAUUAAUAUUGUUUUAUAAUAGCUUAAGGAAGAAUAGAUCUGGGCAAGGCUGAAAUAUGCAAACCAAUUUGUAUCUUGCAAUUUGAGUAUUCAAUAUCUUCAUCGUCAUCAAGGUGUUAGCAGUGAUGAUGAUGAUGAUGAUGAUGAUGACAGUGCUGCUGCUGAUGAUGAUGAUUGAAACUAUCUGACAUAAUCUAUGCUUGUAAUGGUUCAAAAUACCAAGACUUCAUAAUGUUAGAAUGCCUUUCAUUUUGUAAUUAGAUAAUAUCCAGAGAUAAGAUAUUUAAAUUCAGAAAAACCUUUGACAGACAGGUUGCAGUAGCAGAGAGAGAGAGAGAGAGAGAGAGAGAGAGAGAGAGAGAGAGAGAGAGAGAGAGAGAGAGAGAGAGAGAGAGUGCAUGUAUACAUAUGUGUGUUUGUCAUUGGAACUAAAUAAUGUAUCCAGAGGCCUUAUUCCAAAUUACCUUCUCUGGUUUAUGAUACAUAUACAGUAAUAUGAAAACUAGGCCUUAAUAUGAAAGUAGAAUUUUUAACUUUAUGUAAUCUUUAUUAACUCAAAUCUUGCUUGAAAUAGCUCCUCAUGCUAGAAUCUUUGCUAUCUAUACUUAGACUUUUUGACUAUCUGACAAAUAUGCAUAUUACUAAAGCUAUAAUGAAUACUAUAAAGAGUUCUUUUCUGCAUUAUUUCAUUCAGUCUUUCUCUAGGACUGUUUUGGUGUUCAGCAUAUUAUCAGUGAAGAGUGAUGUACAAGUAUGAACCUUUGGAACUAUGUACAGUAUAAGGUUCAGAGUUGCCAAGCUGUUCAGUAAGAGUUGCACUUUGUACUCUUACAGCCAUAACUAUGCAGGAUAGCUGUGACUCCACUUUCUAGUGUGACAUGUCUAUUUUGUGGGGAGGGACAGUCAUAUGAUGCACAGAUUAUAUUUGGACCUGGUAGAAAAAGUAUUCCCAAGAGUGUACUUUUUAUCUACUAGAUAUGAUUCAGGAAGCUCCGUACUUAUUAUGUUUGUGAUUUAUAACUUGUAUAUAAGGUAGGAUAAGUUGAGGAUAGAAAUAUUCUGUACAGCAUCUUUCACUCAAGCUUCUUUUCCUCCAUGUCUCAUUCAGUACUACUGCUCACCACUGUAAUACGUAUAUAUGUACUUCUAUUUUCUCGGCUCCAUAUCUUUUCAUAUUGGAGCUUUUUACGGUAACACUUUAUAUAUAUUUCUAUUACAAGUUACUCGUACAUGAUUGCAAACUUUACUAUAUCUUGCACACUCUCACACCCACCCACCCACACACACACACACACACACACACACACACACACACACACACACACACACACACACACACACACACACACACACACACACACACACACACACACAUGCAUCACUGUACUAUACAAAGCUAGAUAAUAAAGCAAAAUAGUACAUAAGAGUAAUUAGAAAAAAUGAGCCUCUUAUAUUCCUUUAGUCUGGGGUUGAGGAUCAUAGUUUUUGAUUCACCAGACCAGGCUGACAUGUUCUUUGCUAGCCCUCACUCUUUGUAUAGUAAGUUUGUUCUUUUUCAUUACUGGAGUCUUUUCUCAGCUUUUAAGAAGGCUGUUAUUUCUAAGGCCUACACAUAAAGGAAUACUACCUACUACAUAGAUUUAAGAAAAAUUUGCAAUCUUCUGAAGCUUGAUUCAUAUGCAUAGGAACUGCAGAAUUAUCAUGUUAUUUAUUUAUAUAGUCUAUACAUUUUGAAUUUUUGUGCUGGACAUGUCAGCAACAAAAUUCUUGGUAUGAAUAAUAGUUAUGAUAGUUUCUUAGUACAAUACAGUAUAUAAUAAUCACAAAUAUUUUAAGUUAGGUAAUUACUAGACAAAGAAAAAGACAGUUCCAAAGCUAUAUAUUUGUUUACAGCUUAUGGUUGAGAGAGACACCUCAGUGACACAGUGAUAUAAUGAUAAUAUAAUAUGAAGACUGAAUGCUGUACAGGAUACCGAAUUACUGUUCCACUGUGAUCAUAAAUGUUUAGGUUAGAUUAUUAGUUUCCCUCAAUGUCAGCUGCCUACAGCUGGAUUUGUGAUGCAUGGCCAAAAGAAAGCCCAGUAUGCACACUAACAUCUGCUUUGUGUAAUACUUUACAAAAUGGGUGUGGCUCUCUAGUAAUGCAUCUCAUUGUGUGAUGUUGCUGUAAAGGGAUUGUAUAUGUAGUAUCACUUUGUUGUUAAGUUGUUAAAUUUCCCUUUAACUUUACAUUUCACUGUUUGAUGUUGUAUGAAUGCGUCAUGUUUAGGGUUGUGUGUGUCACGUGCAAAGACACAUACAGUGACAGGGGUGUUUUUUUUUGUGAUACAUUUUGCUUUCGUGUGCAAUUACCCAGUUCUCUGGUAAUGGGUAUUAGGUACACACUGUAUUCAUUGUCUUUCAAAAUGUAAAAUGCAAACCAAGUUUACAAACUAACCUGAAAUGUGAUGUUUAUUUUUAUGGAGCUGAAAUGAUUCAGAAGACAUUCCAUGAGGUAAAAACCUUGCAUGGUAACAUGAAGGGUGUUAUUUAUAAGGACUUGCUGUUUCAUGAAGGAGGCAUAUUCUUUUCACUACUAUAUAAACACAGUGAUGGGUAAGAUGUGAGAAUGUGCCCUGCAUAAUGUCAAGCAUAGAAACUUUCAAGAAAAUAUUCCAGAGAUCAUAAUGGAAUUAAUUGCUUGUACAACUGAAAAUUUUGGCAGAGAUAGGCAUAAAAUGUCAUUUUAGAAUAUGCAAUGCAACAUAAGGUAUGAAACCACAAACUCCUUAAGUAAUUUAUGCUUUUAUGAACAUUUUAAGUAGAUGUGCAGGAUGGGGAGUCUCAGCAGAGAUUUCAUAUGUUGGGUGUGAAAUAUUCCUAUUUAUCUGAGAUCAUAAAUGAGGUACUAUAUUGUCUGAUACCCAAGGAAUCAGCUUUAUGAUAUAAAGUGUAUAUUAGAUGUUUAUUCAGUAUGUGACUGUAAUGGAAGCAGCAGUUGGCUUCAUCUUAUGUUUAAAAAAUCUUAGUGUGCAAUAGCAUUUUUUCUUUUCUUAAUACAUUUGUGUUUGCUGCAAAUGUAAAUUGUUCAGCAUAAUGUAUUUAGAAUGAUAUUAGUAAUCAUUAGUAAGACUGUCAUUCCAUGCAUUUCUUUUUAGAAAGAUUCAAUAUUUGAAUCCACUUUAGAAUCUGAUGAUGAGGUAGCAUUUUCAUGCUUUGUGUAAAUCACAAUAGUACUGGAAUGUUUUGCUCUGGUGGUGAGGAUGCAGACAUUGAUAUAAGACUUCCCUGUAAACAAACACAAGAGCACUAUGGUCUGUUUUCUUCUUAAAUGUACUAAUGAAUGAUUUGAAGGACAUAGGCAGAGUUCUUUGUAGUUUGGAUGUUUAGUAAUGUUCUUUAUGUUGAUAUAUGGGUAGUUUACAAUUAUGUUUAUUAAAUGUCUACAAUGAAUAAUGGAUGAUAGCCUAGUUUGUGUUUUACUGUAAUAGUGAGUUAUAAGAUGCAAGACUUGGUGAGUGGCAAGUGUUGUCACAUGUAGAUGGUGGUAUGUCCUCCCACACCCUAUAGUAUAUUCCUUGAUAAGAGGGUGUAGAGAGACAUAGGCCUUGGUAACAAAAGACUCAGAAAAAUAUGGAUAAAACUUGGUGUAUGAUUUCCUUUUUUCUUUUAUUGCUGACUCAUUCUUUGAGGCAAUAGUUUUUGUCUUGUAUGAAUGUAUCUGCAUAAUUGAACCUCCUGUUACAUGAUUCUCAGUACAUGACUGUUGUGUCAUGAUGGAAGUGGAAUUAGAUGGAUGGAACAUCAAAGAACAUAUCUAAUGAUUGCAGAUUUGUGGGGACAAGAAUGGCAUUAUGCUUACUUUGCUUUGGGUCCAUCUUUUCAGUGAUGAACCAUGCUUUUAACAGACACUACUGACUGACUCAUGACACGUAUCAUGUUGAAAAUUAUGGUUUGUAGUUAAAUGUUAAUUCUAUAUUGCUAUUGAAGUCAAAAUUUAUUUCAAAUAUAGAAUUGAAAACACUGUCAAAUAAUUAAUUUUGACCCCAUCAGUCAGUAUAUAUAUAUAUAUAUAUAUAUAUAUAUAUAUAUAUAUAUAUAUAUAUAUAUAUAUAUAUAUAUAUAUAUAUAUAUAUAUAUGAUAUAUUUCAGAUUGUGAGACAAGUACUGUUCCUUUGAUGCUGUAUACAGUUGGUGUAGUCUGAAAGUAUAUAUGUUGGAGAUGCAGUGUUUGCCUAUUUCCAGUACUUAAAUCAUGAAAUAUGUAUAUGAUUUGAAGGUGUUGUUGGAAUGUUGAGGCAGUUCUCUCAAUGAUUUGCAUUUGAAACAGGGGGAAUCCAGGAUGUUACUAUUGGCUGGAGAAGGUAGAAAUCCGUCCUAGUUAAGUGGGUGUAGUGUAUGGCAGAACUCGUCUUUAUUGUUAGAUCUGUAUCUGUGUGUCUCUUUGGAUGGUGUUGGUUAUAAGCAUUUGUGUUUUUAGUCUGUGAUAGUAGUCCUCUUUGAUGGCCUCCUGUUUAGGUUAAUGUCUUGUGUUGGCACUGAAAUGUGAUGGACUGUGGAGGAAAGGCUGUGGACACUUGCACUGCCCUCUUAUCAGUUAGGGGGAUAGUUUCUCACAGUUAUCUAUAUAUUAGUGUAUGAAGAAAUGGAAUGAUGUAUUGAUUCUUUUGUAUUUACAUGAUGAGUGUAUCUUUGGUUUAGUGGAAGAUUGCAUGCUAAAUUGUAAAUAAAGAAAAAUUGAUAAAAUGCGUGAAAAGGUAGAACAAUUUAUUGUAAAUCAAUCCAAGUGUGUGUGUACAAUUAGGGUACCCAAGAUGCAAAGGAAGUUUGUAUGAUGAAUUGUAAGGACAGAGAAAAAAAUGCAUAGAUAUUUUACUUUUGAUUUCACAUAGAAAAGAAUUACUGUAAACCUAUCCUGGUUUUGUAUAAUUUAGGUUUCCUGAAUUCAAGAAAAGAUUAUAUAUCAAACUGAAAGCAAAGAUCAAUUAGGAAAAGAGAAAUGCUAGUGCUUGAGGAACAAUUUGCCUUUAUUUUAUUUUAUCUUAUGAAAAAAACUAUAAUUCAUUCCAUGAAGAUGUCUUAGUUUUAAGAAUAGUUACUGUCUAACCCAUUAAUUAUGCAUAUAUGUUAGAGUUACAGUAUGUUGUUUGUAUGGAAAAAAAUAGAUAAAUAGGGGGAAGGAACUCAAGCAGAAAGCUAGCAGGAAUGGAAGAUUAUGAGUUUUCAUAAAAAAAAAAGCCAGUCUAGGAUUUGUAACUACUACUGUGCUAACUGCUGCUGAGAGUCAAGUAAUGGGACGUAAGUAGAAAAAAAAUAAUGGUGUGUGUGUGCACUGUAAGUGUGGUUUGCCCAUUACAAGACAAUCAGCUUGACUUUUUACUUAGAUUCAGUUUAAUUUUGCAGGAAAGCUUUAAUAUUAAAAUUCCAAGUAUCAUUAUGAAGGCAAAUAUAAUGAAAUGAGAAUGUUUAUAUGACAAUAUCAAAAGUUCAUGUCAGGACGUUUGGGUGGAGGGAGGACUGAAGGGUAGGGUUGGAUCAUGAGUGAGCCUAGAACCAGCUCCCUAUGACUCCCACACCCACUCUCACCCCCUUCCAUUGUUGUUACUAUUGUUGUUGUUGACCUUUGUAGAGAAAUAUACAUUCAUGUAAACGGACAAAUAAAAUGUAUUUCAAAUUU